GCUAGGUCCAUAUACAACUUUUUCCCCAUGCAUGUUGGCAAGCCUUGUAUAUAAAUAUGCACAUACAUAUGACAAAUCUCUUCAUCAGCUUCAAAUCAAGCAGUUCAAUAUUGAUAUCCAGCUUAGCUUAGAAUAUAUACACAACUUCUCAAUUUUCAACUGAUGAAAAUGGCCAUUUUCAAUCUCAAAGUGUUGGCUAUAGUAGCACUUUUGGCGAACACGAUGGCCGACGGGCUGAGCAUGAACUACUACGUAAUCACGUGCCCGAUUGCUGACAUCAUCAUAAAGAAUACCGUGCGUACGGCAUUGAUAUCUGACCCGACCCUUUCCGGGCCACUCCUUCGAAUGCAUUUUCACGAUUGUUUUGUCGAGGGAUGUGACGGGUCGAUAUUGAUCGACUCGACUAAAAACAACACGGCGGAAAAAGACUCGCCGGCCAAUCUUAGCUUAAGGGGAUACGAAAUAAUCGAUGCUGCUAAAGAGGCGCUCGAGAGACAGUGCCCUGGAGUCGUUUCGUGCGCCGAUAUCCUGGCCAUGGCUGCUAGAGAUGCUGUUUUCUUUUCGGGAGGUCCGUAUUACGAGAUACCGAAAGGAAGGAAAGACGGGUGGAGAUCGAAGAUUGAGGACACGGUCCGACUUCCGCCACCGAACCUCAACAGUACGGAGCUCAUCGACAUGUUUUCGCGGCGUGGAUUUAGCGCUCGAGAAAUGGUGGCUUUGUCUGGGGCCCACACCCUUGGUGUGGCUCGGUGCUUGUCGUUCAAGAGCCGAUUGAACCGAAACGCGGACCCCACAUUGGACCCGCAGUUUGCAAAGACGCUCUCCGCCACAUGCAGCAAGGGUGACAUGGCAGAGCAGCCCUUCGACUCCACAAGGACGGUCUUCGACGGCCAAUACUACAGGGCCCUGCAGAGGGGGACAGGUGUCCUGUUCUCGGACCAGACUCUGUUUGUGGGCCCCGCCACACGGGCCUUUGUUAACGGGUACGCCAUGAACCCGGCCUCAUUCUUCUUGGACUUCCAACGGUCCAUGGUGAAGAUGGGAACAUUGGAUGUCAAGGAAGGGCCCAACGGCGAGGUCAGGGACAACUGCAGACGGGUCAACUAGUAAAAAACGGGCCGUGUCGUUGUAGUGUUUUUUUGAAUGCAUAAAAGUUUCUUUUUUGUGUGAUAUGGGAUUUAACAAAAUUUGUCAAGUGGUUUCAAAGGUAGUGUAUGCAAUCUAUGGAAAACAAAAUUAUACCAAAGAAAUUUAA